AUGAGCCUGCCAUCCUUCCUACCGCCCUUCGCGGGCACCGAGAUCCGGACCGUGGAGAUGCACACAGCCGGAGAGCCGGCGCGCAUCGUGUACGCCGGCUACCCAGACAUCCCCGGCACCCUCCUCGAACAGCGCUCCCUCGCCCAAUCCCACCACGACCACAUCCGCCGCAACAUAAUCUACGAACCGCGCGGCCACGCAGACAUGUACGGCGCCGUCCUCCGGCCCCGCACAGAACUCGUCGACGCAGGCGAGGCGCACAUGGGCGCCUUAUUCCUCACGCACGAAGGCUACGGCGCAAUGUGCGGGCACGCCACGCUCGCGCUCGGCAGGUUCCUCGUCGACUGCGCGGACGAGGCCGUCUUCCCGCGGCGGCGGGAUCUGGUUGUCAAUCAGGAAGAGAGAACGGUGGAGGUGCGGUUGCAUGCGCCUGUUGGGGUGGUGAGGCUUACGGUUCCUGUUGUGAAGGUGGAUGUGGAUGGCGGCACGGGGGGUACGGGGGGUACGGGGGGUUGGAGGACGGAUGUGGGGAGGAGGAUUACGUUUCUUUCUGUGCCUACGUUUGCUACGGCUGUUGAUCUCUCUGUGCCGAUUCCGCGGGGUCUUGGGUGGUCGGAACUAGGUGAUGCUGCAGCCGUGACGAUGGACGUUGCGUUUGGCGGUGCGUUCUACGCUGUCGUGUCCGCCGCGGCUUUGGGAUUCCCGGCAUCUCUUUCGAAGCCGGACGUUAGCGGCCUGAGCAACGUAACGAAGAAACUCAAGCAAGCUUUCAACGCCUCUGCAGACCUCCGCGCCCGCCUCCAAGAUCCGGGAGACGACAAGGAGGACGGGAGCUCGCAGUACCUUUACGGCAUCAUGGUCACAGACUUGGACUCCAACGACGUCCUCGCCACGACACCAGGCUGCGUAGGCGCCGAGACGGGGCUAUACUUCUUUGGCAACCAGCAGAUCGACCGGAGUCCGACGGGCUCGGUCGUUCAGGCGCGUGUUGCGCUGGCUGCUGCGAGGGGCGAGAGGAAGUUGGGCCAGUCGUGGACGUAUCACAGUCUCGUGUCGAGGGCCGUCGGCGAGGAUCGCGGGGCGUUUGUCGGGACGCCCGUGGAGGAGGUUGAGGUUGGUGGGAGGAGGGCUUGGAGGGUUGAGGUGAGUGGGCAGGCUCAUUAUACGGGCUCGAGUGCGUUUGUGAUGGAGGAGGGUGAUGAGAUUGGGAGAGGGUUUUCCUUUCGGGGGGUUUGA